AUGGCCAAACCAUUCAACAAUGUGGAAGGCAGGCGUGUCCCUCCCGACUCGAAUGAAAAUGCGUCCGAUUUCGACCAGCAAGAUUCUGUUCCCACGUCGCCUGUCUCAAUUGCGCCCGAUGCAGUAGCUGUGGUCUCUCGCAAGUAUCAAAGCCACGCAUCUUUUCCAAGAGAGGACGAGUCAGACUACGACUACGACGGAAAUUAUGACACGCCCAAUCAGACUGAAGACAAAGCUCGGGUCCAAUCUGGACUUUCUGAUGAAGAACACCGUCGGGGCUUGAAUCUAGGCAUAGAGUUUGGAGGCGAAGCUACCUAUUAUGGCAACUAUGCUGGUCACGGCGUUAACCAGUACAACGGACCGAAAAUUGAAGACGACAUCGAUCUUCUGAACAGACUCGUAGAGCCACAGAGUGCCUCCACUCCAACGCGCACAACGGGCAAUCCCUUCGAUUCCCCGAGAACAGUGUAUAUGGGUUCUAUAAAGACUGGGAGCGGCAUACAGUUGAACGGCCUUCACGCAACAUACUCUGGAACCCUGAUGGGAAUACCAAGAGUCAGUGCUCACUACAGCGGCUGUGUCUUGGCUGCUGAGUAUGACAACAGUGGGAAGCCAACACGCCAGAGCCAGCACAAUGGUCCUUACCUAAGAAAGUUGCAAAGAGGCGAUGGGGGUAGCUCUCAAGGUAAUGGGAUGCACGGGAAAAACUGA